AUGCGGCCAAUACUCACGCAGUCGCUCACACGUGCCUGGACCGGGCGACCCUAUCGAAACUGCCAGACAAUUCGCCUAUUGUCUAGUACUCCUCAACGCAGCAGCCGGCUGCGCGCGCGCCUGGAAAUCCCUCCUCCCUUUCCCGUUAUCAAGACAUGCCCUGAACCAAGCUGCAAUUGUCCGCCCACGCCUGCGUUGCCCGAGGAUUUACCAAUCGAUCAUGAACAACCCUUAAAUGGGACAAUGGCUGCCUACGCGCAGCAGCUUCUCAUCUGCACAGGACAGCCAGACUGGACAAGUCGCAUUGAGGAUGACGGCGAAAACAAAGGCUGGGGCAAUCUUGUGAGAGGACUGAAGAGCCUGCUAGGUCGUGGCGGGCCAUAUCUGGAUCCUUUCAACAAUGUCUUGAUCACAAAUUCAUCUAUCGCACCAGCUGCAAGCUCCUCCCCCGCCUCCGCCUCCGCAUUCCUCUUCCCUAGCUUUAAAUACAUCCCUUCAAUACCUGCGAACACGGCCUCAUCGCCCGGCCAAACAACCGACCUGACAACCUUCGUACGCGCAUAUCUUCUUCCCGAAAAACUCCACGACAUGCACUCCUCUCUCCCCGCAAGCAAGCAAGCAGAUAUGACCCGAUCACCGGACCUAGCAUCAAACUUCCCGGGAGUAAUCGACAUCAACCACUCUCCGACAGUGUUAAUAUGCGGACAUGGAGGUCGUGACAUGCGCUGCGGUAUCAUGGCCCCCGCCUUGGAAAGCGAGUUCAAGCGCGUGUUGCAAGUGCGAGGAUUCACCUCCGCGGGCAGUGAUGGAACCACGGUGGAUGGCCCCAACCAUGCCAAUAUUGGCCUGAUCAGUCAUGUUGGAGGACACAAAUAUGCAGGCAAUGUGAUUGUGUAUAUCCCGCCGAAGAUGACAUUCGGAACUUCUUCAGAGCCUCACCCGCUGGCGGGUAAGGGGAUUUGGUACGGCCGUAUUGAACCUAAGCACGUGGAGGGGAUUGUCGAGGAGACUAUUCUCGGCGGGAAAGUUGUCACGGAUCAUUUCCGGGGUGGUAUUGAUAGGAAUGGUGAUAUUUUGAGGAUAUAG